CCUCUCUAUCACCAGCACAUUCGCAUUCUUUAAAAACCCUCUCUCGACUCUCCCACGUCCUUGCCAAUUCAAUCGAUAAGUACUCUCGUCCCUCCUCUCCACGGCCGCCGCUACCACCGACUCGCCGCCGCCGCGCGACUCCCGCACCAAAAUGGGUUCUUCGCAAGCUGCCGGCGGCGACAGGAAGUACGACCCUCUACCGGAGUCCACCCAAGUCCCGCCACCUCCGUCUCCCCGGCCCCACCGACCCCGUCCCGACCACCACGAGACAAGCGGCCACCUCGAAUCCGUGCUCUCCGACCCAAGCCUGACUCUCGGGGCCAGGGUCCGGGCCGCCUCACGGAUCGAGCUCAAGCUGCUCUUCCACCUGGCGGCACCCGCUGUCGUCGUCUACAUGAUCAACUAUAUAAUGUCCAUGUCCACCCAGAUAUUCUCUGGCCACCUCGGCAACCUUGAGCUCGCCGCCGCCUCCCUCGGCAACACCGGCAUCCAGGUCUUCGCCUACGGCCUCAUGCUGGGCAUGGGAAGUGCGGUGGAGACGCUGUGCGGGCAAGCGUACGGAGCUCACAAGUACGAAAUGCUCGGCGUGUACCUCCAGCGAGCCGCCGUCUUGCUGACGGCGACCGGCUUCCUCCUCACGCUAGUCUACGUCUUCUCGAAGCCCUUGCUGCUGUUCCUCGGGGAGCCCCUGGAGAUUGCCUCGGCGGCGGCCGUGUUCGUCUACGGCCUCAUCCCGCAGAUCUUCGCGUACGCCCUCAACUUCCCCAUCCAGAAGUUCCUCCAGGCGCAGAGCAUCGUCGCCCCGAGCGCCUACAUCUCGACCGCCACGCUGGUGCUGCACCUGGCGCUGAGCUGGGUCGUGGUGUACCGGGCGGGGCUGGGGCUGCUGGGGGCGUCGCUGGUGCUGAGCCUGUCGUGGUGGGUGAUCGUGGUGGCGCAGAUGGUGUACAUCGUGCGGAGCGAGAGGUGCCGGAGCACCUGGACGGGCUUCAGCGUCCAGGCCUUCUCCGGGCUGUUCGGGUUCUUCAAGCUCUCCGCCGCGUCGGCGGUGAUGCUGUGCCUGGAGACGUGGUAUUUCCAGAUACUCGUGUUGCUCGCCGGGCUGCUGGAGAAUGCUGAGUUGGCGCUGGACUCUCUCUCUAUUUGCAUGACUAUAUCCGGGUGGGUGUUCAUGAUCUCAGUUGGCCUGAAUGCUGCUGCCAGCGUCAGGGUGAGCAAUGAGCUUGGAGCUGGGAACCCGAGGUCGGCGGCAUUCUCGGUGGUGGUAGUGACAAUAAUCUCCUUCAUCAUCUCUGUGAUCGCAGCGGCGGCAGUGCUCGCACUCCGUGGAGUCAUCAGCUAUGCCUUCACGGAGGGAGCUGUCGUGGCGGCCGCCGUCUCCGAUCUGUGCCCUCUGCUCGCCCUCACCCUCCUCUUGAAUGGCAUUCAACCCGUUUUGUCCGGCGUGGCGGUCGGGUGCGGAUGGCAGGCGUUCGUGGCUUACAUCAACGUUGGAUGCUACUACGUGCUUGGCAUUCCGUUGGGUUCGCUUCUGGGGUUCUACUUCAGACUCGGCGCGAAGGGGAUAUGGGGCGGUAUGCUUGCCGGCACGAUCAUGCAGACCCUGAUCUUGAUGUGGACCACGUUCCGGACAGAUUGGAACAAGGAGGUGGAGGAAGCAAUGAAGAGGUUGGAUGAGUGGCAGGACAAUAAGGAACCCUUUUGAAGGAGUAACCGAUUUGGGCAAAAAUUAUGUUCUGGUGAAGUUUGUUAUAGGACUUGUCCAAAAAAAAAAAAAUUCGUUAUAGGAAGAAAUUGGGGUGAAAAAAGAAGAAAGAGAAAAGAAGAUGAAUCGAUGGAGGAGGUGGAUUUUCCUAUUUCCUUUUCUUAUUAGAUUGAAUGCGAAAGCAUGUUAUAGAUUAGAAAUUCACAAUGGCAUAUUGAUUUUAUUUAUUCAGUAAUCUGUCUAUUAUAUCAACUACAUAUUUAGUUAAUUUCUUCUUAAUUUCUUAA